AUGGCGCUGCGCCGAUCAUCGCCAAGCGGAGACAUCGAGAGCCAACCUGAGAAGGAGGACUUCUUCGCAGUCGGUCAGGUGACCGUGCGCCUGCCGCUGGAUUGGAGACCGCUGCCUCUGCUGGCCCUUCUCCUUAGUUUUAUUCCCUGGGGCUUGCCUUUGCUCCUCUUGGUAGAUGCGUUGCUUCAGAAGAGGGUCUCCAGUGCAUUCAUACUCACAGCGGUGAUCGUCACCUCUCUCCUGUCUGAGUUCAUUCUCAAGCCCCUCAUUGGCGAGCCACGGCCGUCGACGUCCGCUUGCAGGACAGAUGACGGCAAGCUACUUCCUGGAAUGCCUUCAGGCCAUGUCAUGAUUUGUCAGUCCCUCUUGACAUUCUAUAUGUUGGAGGCUGUGCGGCAUCAUCUGCUUUCAGCAGUCAUUGUGUCGCUGUUGCUGAUGCCCGCGAUGCCUUGGGCCCGCUGGUACAACGGCGACCACAGCGCGAAACAGGUGGCUCUCACGUUUAUCAUGGCCACUGUCAUAGGUUUGAUCGAUUACGUUGCGUUCCUGCUGUUCUUCGUGGACAGUUGGGCCAGCGAGACAGAGAAGGUGCUGCUAGCAGAAGUUGCAUCGCUACCAUCUCCAUCGGGAGGCCGAUGGCAGCCAGUAGCAGUGCUUGAUUGCCGCCCCUCAAGCCUACCACAGCAUUGUGGAUCGUCGAGGUCGCACUCUGCCGUGAGCAGCAUCGAAGCAGACCCACACACGCGCACACACACAGAUAAACCAACGACACGCGCAGAGACAUGUACCCUGUCAACAAAACUCUAG